CCACAGGCUCGUUUCCCGCGACAGACAACGAUGCAUACCUUUCCUCUCGUACGAUUAUUGGCAAAUCUCUUGGAGAGUCUGAAUUCGGAACUUUCUUUCGAUUCUAGAGACCCCGAGGGAGACGAAUACCUCAGUCGCUGGCAUUCCUCGCCUUUCCAACACGCUGUCGAAAUAGUUAUCUCUGUCUUGUUAUUCGGCCCUUUACUACUGUCUGCAUGGAAGAACAUGGAGAAGCAAGUGCGGGCCUUGAGAAUAACAUACACGCCUACCAAACUUCAAGUCCUAUGGAGCUACGCCUUACUUAUGACGUUCGUUCUUCAGGUUCCGCUUAAACUCGACGUCAAAAAGCUACCAUCGCAUCCUGCCUAUUUUCUGCAACCCUGCCAUGUCACGACGGUUUUAUACUUCGUAUGUACUGUUGUUCCAUGUUAUUCUUCGUUUAUUUGUUUCCAUGCUUUGAGUUUGCUCACAUGGGGACCAUCUCUGGCUUUCUGUUUCCCAAAUUACCCCGCUACGCCAUUGGAGGUACUCUUCUUCCACUUGCAGCACUUACUACUCGUGUCAGCUCCCAUAUUCGCCAUAAGCAAGGUCC